GAGACUUCCUGCUCAUUCGAGCACCGUUCGACACGAGGGAUGUUAUACGGCGACUACGGCGCUGUUUCACGGUCGUAGGAUCUCGAAGUCGGCAGGACGUCGCAUCAGCAGUGGAGGAGGUGGAACAGGAGACGAAAAAGACGAAGAAGAAGAAUAGAAGCCGCGCGUUGUAAUCGGCGUUCUUAAGGUUUUAUUUUCGUUUCUCUGCUAAGACGAUCACUGGUUCGCAAUCAUGGCGAUACCGUACGAGGCGAUCGGCAAGGGCUUCGUUCAGCAAUAUUACGCUCUCUUCGACGAUCCGGCGCAGAGACCGAACCUCAUAAACAUGUACAACACAGAGACGUCCUUCAUGACGUUCGAGGGUAUGCAGAUACAGGGAGCUAUCAAAAUUAUGGAGAAAUUAACUAGUUUAUCGUUUCAAAAAAUAAAUCGGAUAAUAACAGCGAUUGAUUCACAACCCAUGUUUGAUGGCGGAGUUCUCAUUAACGUAUUAGGAAGGCUGCAGACUGACGAGGAUCAGCCUCACGCGUACAUCCAGACAUUUGUCCUGAAGCCGAUUGGUACCAGCUUUUUCGUGCAGCACGAUAUCUUCAGACUCGCAUUACACGACACGGUUUAGGCAACAGGCAGACGAGGAUCCACCGCACGCCUUCUCACAGUGUUUUGUGUUGAAGCCGAUGGGAAAUUCAUACUAUUGUCAGCACGAUAUCUUUCGCCUUAACAUUCAUGAUUCGGCAUGAACGAGGAUGAUCGGGCUGGUUUCCGCGACAAGCGUGUGAUCGACAGGCGGGUUGCCGAGCGACGGAGACCAUGGAGAUCGCGAGCUAAUAAGUGAGCCACCUAAUCUCAUCGAUAACCCUUUAUCAUCACGAUCACAUACCUAUCUCCAUUAUUUCUAGAUAAUAUCACGAGUUUUAUAUGAAGAAUAUCUUUCCGCAUGUAUCUUGGCCACAAAAAAACCCAGAGAAAAAAAAACCCAUUAUAGAAAAUUAUAAAAAAUAGCUAUAUAAUUAAA